AUGAAACUACUAAGUGUCAUUCAAUACGCUGUCGUCAGCGGAGUAACCCUAUCCAGACUCAGUGCCGCGAGGGUACUCGACAAUCCUGCUCGACUAUCAUCUCGCCAGAGCACCGAGUCGCCUUUUUAUUCUAGAAACCUUGAGGAUUUGACACUAGUUAGAGCCGCUUAUGAUGAACUCGGACAUCAAAUCCAAGCAAAACUAUAUAAAGCUAGUCCAGAAUGUCUUCCUAUGGUUACCGAUAAGCUGGGGGCAACUGGCUCAAUAUGUCCCGCUAGGGACAACAUCUUAGUCGGCCUCAUCCGAGAAACCUUUAAGCAGCUUUCGAUCCGACUACCUGGACUCCGCAGUCGCAUUGGUGUGGCGCCAUCUAACGGCGUAGCCCCGGUUUCAUGGCAAGAAUUUAACGAUAACUAUUCUAAACUCGAUGGUGCCAUAACAUUUGCUUUGCGAGAGAUUCAAAAACAAGCUUGUUUGAUCCUUGCGGAUACAGAUGCUAAGACCUCCGACGCAGUGUCUAGUGGUACUAUGACGCCUGCUACGAUUAAUGGUACUUCAAUUACAGUUACGAGUCUCCAGGAUUCAUUCGUACAAAUCGAUUUUAUUCUCGAAAAUGGCAUUGAUCCAAAGAGGUUCGAUCAGCCGGCCCAGGCUACGACUGAAGAUAUUUUCAGCAAGUUGCGGGAUACGCGGGCCCUGUUUUUCACUCUUGGGAAGAUAAAUGAUGUUCAAUCCUUAACAACGGGAGCACAACAUUGUAUUAGCUUACUUGCUGAACUCGCUGCGGCAGCGCUUAUUGGGGGCCUGGGAGGGAUACUUACGGGAAGCAGUGGUGGCGGGCUUCCCUCACUUCCAAAGCUACCGGGAUUUGGAGGCUAG